CGUAUUUGCUGUGGGCGGGGUUACAUGUCGAGCAAGGCUUGCCCGGUCACCUGUCUCAGCUGUCAGCUGUGCUAGAUCUUAAAGAUGGCAGGAAAUAAGUCUUAUACUAUAGUAGAAUAUUUCGGUGGCGAAGAUGGCUACCGCUGUGGUUACUGUAAAAGCCAAACGGGAAACUUCUCUCGUGGGAUGUGGUCCCACACCAUGACAGUACAAGACUACCAAGACCUCAUAGAUCGAGGAUGGAGAAGAAGUGGGAAGUAUGUUUACAAACCCAUAAUGCAGAAGACAUGCUGUCCACAGUAUACCAUCAGAUGCCACGCUCUGAAAUUCCAGCCUUCCAAAUCCCACAAGAAAAUCCUGAAGAAGAUGAACAGAUUUAUAUCCAAAGGGGAGCUGCAAAAGGGGCAGGAAGAUUGUGCAGGUGAGCCAAUGGACUCAGUGUGUGAAGAGGCAGGACCACAGGAACUGAGGAAAGUACAUUUAAAGUGCACCGCUCUCACAGACAUUCAGAAGGAUGCUACAGAGUUUCCAUCUACCACAGAAGUUCAGAAGGAGGCAGCAGAUGCCACACCUACAGGCUCGCAAACAUCACAGAAUGAUCCAGUGCCUGUACUGGCUGGGACAACAACAUCCGCAGCUCCCAAACCAGGUAGGAAUCAUCUAAACUAUUUGCCCAUAUUCUUUUUGAAGGUGAGGCUAGUGCGCUCCAAUCCCCCUAGCCCGCAGUUCAAAGCUUCUUUCGACGCCUCCUACCAGGUGUACAAACUCUACCAGAUGGCCAUUCACAAGGACCCUCCUGACAAACCCACCGAGAGCCAGGUGAGGCUAGUGCCAGUGAACUUUGAGGACCCUCAAUUCAUGGCGUCGUAUCAGCAGUCGGCAGCGCUGUACGCCCAAUACCAGAUGGCCAUUCAUGGUGAUGACUCCAGCGAAUGUAGUGAGAGUGAGUUCAAGAGAUUUCUCUGUGAUUCACCGCUAGAGGCAGAAUAUGCUCCAGAUGGGCCUGAGGUGGGCUACGGCUCCUUCCACCAGCAGUACUGGCUGGAUGGACGUAUUGUGGCAGUGGGGGUGAUUGAUAUCCUGCCUACCUGUGUGUCCUCCGUCUACUUGUACUACCAUCCCGACUUUAACUCACUGUCUCUGGGCUCCUACUCUGCUCUCAGGGAGAUCGCUUUUACCAAGCAGCUGCAGAAACAGUCUCCCAAGCUGUCCUACUACUACCUGGGCUUUUACAUUCACUCCUGCCCCAAGAUGCGGUAUAAGGGGCAGUACCGGCCUUCUGACCUCCUGUGCCCAGAAACCUAUGUCUGGGUAUCGAUAGAGCGAUGCAUCCCCCUUCUUGACAACUCCCGCUACGCUCGUUUGAACCAGGAUCCUGAUUUAGGAGAUGCUCGGGCCGUGAGGGAUUUGGGCAGAGCUCUGGUGCUAUACAGACGGACUGUCAUGCCCUAUGCAGCCUACUCCCGCAAACGCAAGGGCUCCAGCGACGAGAUGGAGGUGCAGCAGUACGCCAGCUUGGUUGGCCAGGACUGUGCUGAAAGGAUUUUGCUUUAUCGCUCGUAAACACAACACAUCAUAUUACCUUUGAAUAAACGUAAAUACAUACUCCCUCGUCUGUUUCUGUAUGUCGCUGUUUAUGAAAGUGCUUUCUGACGCCUAUCCGCGUAGUCUCACCGUGCUUACCCUCCUGUAUAUGCUGACCAUGCAGCAGCCGAUGGCAAUCUACUGCAUGUAUGGCCUCAUUCACUUAUUCAUUUAUGAGUUAUAUUUUUUUAAUCUGUGAACACCACUGUUCUGGGUUCAUUCUUUUUUGUGUGCACCAUUUUGAUUUACUACAUUGGCAAGUUCAUUAAAUGGUAUUUUUACUUUAUGUAGCAGGGGUGCAAAGGUACACACAAUUCAGUUUUGUAGGAAACUAUUUGGAAUAUAUUCAGUGUAAUAGCAGUACAGCAGAGAACAGAAAAGAAUGUGUUAUUCUUUUAUUUUCAAAAAACUUUUCCAAAAUUUAUACAAAAAAAUUCAAAAGUUCCUAAUUUGCUGUAACUUUUUUAACAGUUUAAUGCUGCAUAUGGUCAAUGAGAAGAAACUCAAUUAGAAAAUAGCAGCCAGCAGAGUAACUGCAGCUACACUGCUGCCUUUCUCUCUUAUGUCACCGUGGGACGCAACCAUCUCCAUUGAUUAAAAACAAACUGUCAGUUUAAGCUCAACUUGUAAUAAAUUUGCUAUAGCUGAGGUACAGCAACUGGUGCAAUGCAAACACACACAAAAAAACAGGACUAGACAUAAACAGAUGAGCCAAAGAAAAAUUUAUACUGAACAGAUUGACUAAUGGGAUCAUAUUCAUGUACCCUUACGCCCCUGUCACAUAUCCUCCCUUUGACUUUUUUUCUUUCUUUUUGGCACCUCUCUUAAUUGUGUAUGCUUCAGUGCUGAUCUGAAAGAGUGUUUGACUGCACCCGGGUUCGUAU